UGCCGUUUUCUUGUCACUUCGUGCGCUCGCGCGUUCGGUAUCCGUAGUCGGAAAAUUAAUUUUUGUAAUUAAAUAGUAUUAUUGUUGUUACUAUAUUCAUAGUUUAGUUGCGCCUCUAUUAAGUACAACAAUUAAAACAAAACGCAACCAAUUAAAUUGUCACAAAAACGUGAGUGCGCAAAUCUAGACAAAAGAGCAGCUCGGUCCCUGGGUGCGUCCUGCGUCACAACAACAAAGAACGGACAAAAGUACACAAUAAAGAAAAAAUUAACAAAAACAACAACAACAACAAGAACAACAACAGCAACAGCAACAAAAUGCGAAAAAGUGUGCUAAAAAUCAAUUAAGAUGUAAAACGCACAGGAAAUAGCAACUUCACCUACGUAACGCAACCAAAGAGGCUCAAGGCCCCCCAAAAACCCAAAGAGUAGGUGCCAAGCAUUGAGGUUGCCAUACAUUGCCCACAUCCUUCAAACCCUCCCAGCUUAUAGCACGUAGCACAAGUUACAGCCAAAUGACUGCCAAUAGCCUACUCGGACGAUCCUUACUUAAUGAAGGACGUUCCAACAAACGUUCCUUCGUCUCACUGAUCGUCGGCCUGGUCGUUGGCUUCUGUCUGGCCGAGCUAUUUGUGUACUCAUCGACGCCGGAACGUGGCGAGUAUGUGCCGUACGAUGGCCACCGGCAUGGCGAUGUCAACGAUGCGCAUCACAGUCACGACAUGCUGGAGCUGGCUGGUCCAGAGCAGGAUGUGGGCACGCACGAGCAUGCGCACGAGAAUACCAGCAUUGCGGAGAAGCUGUACAGCGAGGUGCGAAUUCUGUGCUGGAUCAUGACAAAUCCCGCCAACCAUCAGAAGAAGGCGCGCCACGUAAAGCGCACGUGGGGCAAGCGUUGCAAUAAGCUGAUCUUCAUGAGCUCCGCCAAGGAUGAGGAACUGGAUUCUGUGGCAUUGCCCAUUGGCGAGGGACGCAAUAAUCUGUGGGGCAAAACAAAGGAGGCGUACAAGUACAUCUACAAGAACCACAUCAACGAUGCGGACUGGUUCCUAAAAGCAGACGACGAUACCUAUACGAUUGUUGAGAACAUGCGCUAUAUGCUAUAUCCCUAUAAUCCCGAGACGCCCGUCUACUUUGGCUGCAAGUUCAAGCCGUACGUUAAACAAGGCUAUAUGUCCGGUGGCGCUGGCUAUGUGCUCAGUCGGGAGGCAGUGCGGCGCUUUGUCGUCGAAGCGUUGCCCAAUCCCAAGUUAUGCAAGAAUGACAAUACCGGCGCCGAGGAUGUGGAAAUGGGCAAGUGCAUGGAGAAUGUUAAGGUCUUGGCGGGCGAUUCCCGUGAUGCCAACGGACGUGGUCGCUUCUUUCCCUUUGUGCCGGAGCAUCAUUUGAUACCCUCGCACACGGACAAGAAGUUCUGGUACUGGCAGUAUAUCUUCUAUAAAACAGACGAGGGUCUGGACUGCUGUUCGGAUAAUGCCAUAUCAUUUCAUUAUGUGUCGCCCAAUCAAAUGUAUGUGCUAGAUUAUUUGAUAUACCAUCUGAGGCCAUAUGGCAUAGUUAAUACGCCAGAUGCUCUGCCCAAUAAGCUGGGGCUGGGCGAAUUGAUGCCGGCGCCUAAAGAGCCCAAGGAGCUGGAGGAAUCAAAUACUGCCGAAACACAAAAGCAGACGCAGUGAUUACAGACCGAUGUUAUGUGUAUAUAAAACUUUUGUAAAUAUCGAACUUAGCUUAACAUACUUUGCCAUUUCCAUAUGUUGUCUCUUGUUUUAGUAAAAUACGCUCAGGCUACGUUAAUUAAAUGCUCUUGAAUUGCGACUCUUUUGUACAAAAAUACCAAAACCAGAAUGAUUGAGUGCUGUUAGUUUAGUUUGUAAUAAAGUCUGCGCAAUUAUCAUUUAUAAUAUAUACUAAUAAAUAGCUGUAGAUACACUUGAUUAAGUAUUUAUAAUGCAAAUGGCACAUAAUUAGCUCUUAAGACAACGCAAAUAAGUCAAACAUACACAUACCUACUGGCCCAUUUAGUUAGCAAUAAACUAUAAAUUUAAAAUUGACAUAACUCUUUCGAUAAGCUUUAAUACGUACAUAUAUAAACUUUGGCAAUGAUACUGAGAAAAUGUAUUACACUUUACCAUUAACUCUUAAAUAUUUAAUAAAGUAUUGUAUUACAAAUGGAAUAAAUA